AAGCAUGUGAAAGUGUUAAGGGCAGGAUCGGUAUGUGAGAGUUAGGUUCUGAAUGGUCUCUUCCUCUUUAGAUCUUCUGUUUACUUCUCUUAUUUUCUGUUGCAAGGUCAGUUUGAGACCAGGUUCUCCCGAAGAGUUCAGAACCAUCUGUCCACACUGAGGGUCUUAUAUCAAAACAAUCUUUUUAAAUAUUUGCUAGUGGUUAAAGAUUAAACUCAAGCAGAAAUUUGAGGCUGGAAAGAAUUCUGAGGAAAGAAACUCUUCCAAAUGCACAAAGAUACUCUUCACCAUGAAAUCCUUAUCAGUCGCCGUGUUCAUUUUAGGCCUAUCACUUUGUAUUUUGGGACAAAAGAAUCUACUAUAUGAGACUAAGGGAAAGUCAACCCAGCAAACGCAACCACAAUGGCCCUGCCGAUUCCUGAUUGAAGAAUGUGUAAAUAACAGCUAUACUCAGAAUUCUUGUGAGAAAGUUUUUUGUCAGCCAUGGCAGAGGUGUGUGGAAGGCACCUGUGUCUGUAAGCUACCCUACCAAUGCCCAAGGAAUGGCACCUCUGUUUGUUCUGCUCAGCGGAAGACUUUCCGAAAUUACUGUCAGCUAAAGAGCUUUGAAUGUCAGCGUAGAGACAGCAGAUUUAUGUACAAAGGAAAUUGUAAUUCUGAAGAGAGUUUUCAGAUUUUCUUGGAGAAUGAAGAUGUGCCAUCAGAGGGAUUUAUUCAAGUAGAAAUGAAUCAUCUCCAAAAGACUUUUAUAUGUGCAGAUGGAUGGAGUAUGAAUGAAGCAAACGUGGCCUGCAGACAGCUUCGUUUUCCAGAAGGGGCUGAUCGUGUAGAGUCUGGUUACCCAAAUGAUGCCUCAAACUCAUCAGAAUGCCUAAAGGCAACUUGCAGAGGAACAGAGACGAGUCUAGCAGAAUGUUCUCUGACUAGGUUCAAUAACACUGAUAUGACUGUCGCUAAAGUAGUGUGCCACACAACACACAAAGAAUGUUUUUCCGGAGAAUUCCACUGUGUCAAUCAAAAAUGCAUCCCAUUACGCUAUGUUUGCGAUGGAAACAAUGACUGUGGAGAUUUAAGUGAUGAAUUGUGUUGCAAAGCAUGUAGACGCGGAAGCUUCCACUGCCUCUCAGAUGUGUGUAUUCCAAACAAAUAUCGGUGUAACAACGAAAGGGACUGCCUAACGGGAGAAGAUGAAAACCGCAAGUUGUGUGAUAAACUCGCAAAGGAAAAAGAGAGAGGAAGAACAAAAGCAGCUGAAGAGUCCAUGGAUGAAGAAGGAACAGAGGCACCUGAAGAGUCCAUGGAUGAAGAAAGAAAAAAGAUGAAGACAUUUCUACCCCAACUACACUGUGGCAUUGGAAAUCGAAUGGUUGCUCGUCGGAAGCGAAUCCUCGGUGGACAUGAGGCAGAAAAGGAUGAGUUUCCUUGGCAAGUGGCAAUUAGAAAUGAACAGCACAGACUUAACUGUGGUGGGGUUUUUAUUGGAGGCUGUUGGAUUCUGACUGCUGCACAUUGUGUGAGAGCAAGCCGUGUGCAUCUUUAUAGGAUAUGGUCUGGGAUGGUUAAUUCAGUAAAUAUGAGUGCUGGAAUAGAAACAUUUUAUUUAAAAAAGGUGAUAGUCCAUGAAAAGUAUAAUUCCAAAACAUACGAAAAUGACAUUGCUUUGCUGGAGAUGAAACCAAAGGACAUAAGACAUACAUCAUGUGACCUACACAACUUUAUGCCAGUAUGCAUCCCUUGGUCAAAAUAUAUGUUCAGAUCUGGUCACCAGUGCAAAGUGUCCGGCUGGGGACUAGAAGAAGAUUUUAAAAAACAAUUUACUCUUAAGUGGGGCUACAUUUAUUUAAUGGAAAACUGUUCUGAGAUCUACAGGGAACGUUAUUUUGAAGGAAUGGAAUGUGCAGGUACAGAUGAUGGCUCUGUAGAUUCCUGCAAAGGUGACUCAGGAGGACCCUUGGUUUGUUUUGACUCCAAUAAUGUAGCGUACCUUUGGGGUAUUGUGAGCUGGGGUGAAAACUGUGGUGAAAAAGGACAUCCUGGAGUUUAUACAAAGGUGGUCAAUUAUUUUGAGUGGAUUAGCCGCCAUACUGGAAAGUCACUGAUUUCUCAAUAUAAUGUUUGAUUUUAAAUUCUGAUUUUUAGAUUUUAAGUACUUCUUUCUUCUGCCUGUACAAAAAUACAGAUUGGUUAAGAUUGGGAAAGCUAAAGUUAAUCAUUUUAAAGUCACAUUAGUUUCAGCGGGAGAUGUACAGCAUAAACAUGUUUACUCAAAAGGUGAGCCCAGUUUAAAAACCUAUUAAAAUGUAUGAACUUAAAAAUGCUUAGCUCUCUCUGGAUGCGUCAGUUUUAACCUGUAAAAACUGCAUUUAAAUAACCUGAAAAUUCUGUGAACCUUCUUUAACCGAUGGCCCACAUGAUGCACAAGGAAACGCCGGCAUUCCUGAUCGGCCAGAGAUGCUGCACACAUGGAAGCCAGCCUAGUGGUGUUGCACAAGAGUGCAUUUGUGCAACUACUUAAAACAGUGAGUCUGCACUUGCACAGCACUACUUACAUUGGAAAGUCACUUCCGUUGCAGAAGUGGGGGCACACUGUUCUAAGUAGUUGCCCAUCUGCGCUCUUGCACGACACCGCCAGGGAUGGCUUCCAUGUGGGCAGCAACACCAACCAAUCAGAAUGCUGGUGUUGCCGUGUGCGUCAUGUGGGCCAAUGGUUGCAUUUUUUGUACUUACAUUGUAUGUUCAGAUAAAAUUGAUGCAUACUCCGA